AUGAACAAGAUGUCUGUGAAAUGGCUCUCACUUCUGCUGCUACUACAGCUGACUUGCCAGUUUAGCUCUGGAAGUUGUGGAAAGGUGCUGGCACCGCCAAUGAACUACAGUCAUUGGAUGAAUAUGAAGACAAUCCUGGAUGAACUUGUCAUGAUGGGUCAUAAGGUGACUGUUCUGACAACUUCAGCUUCCAUUCUUAUUGAUCCCAACAAACCAUCUGCUAUUAAGUUUGGGACUUUCCCUAUGUCUUUAACUAAAGAUAAUUUGAAGCAUAACAUCAAGCAUUUGGUAGAGAAAUGGACAUAUCUGGCAAAAAAUUCGUUGUGGACAUAUUUUUCAUCAUUGAGAAGUUUAUUUUGGGAACUUUCUGAUAUGCUUAUGAAUAUCUGUAAAGAUGUUGUUUCGAACAAGAAGCUGAUGACAAAACUACAUGAAUCAAGGUUUGAUGCUGUUCUUGCAGAUGCUGUUGGACCCUGUGGUGAGCUGCUGGCUGAGGUACUUAAAGUACCUUUAGUAUACAGUCUCCGCUCCUCUCCUGGCUAUUCAGCUGAAAAGUAUAGUGGAAGACUUCCAUUACCACCAUCCUAUGUACCUGCUACAUUUUCAGAAUUAAGUGAUCACGUGACAUUCACGGAGAGGGUCAAAAAUAUGAUAUAUGCACUUUAUUUUGACUUUUGGUUCCAGACAUUUAAUGAGAAUAAAUGGAAUCAGUUUUAUGGCGAAGUACUAGGAAGACCGACUACAUUAUUAAAGACAAUGGGGAAAGCUGAAAUGUGGCUCAUUUGAACAUACUGGGAUUUUGAAUUUCCUCUCCCACUGCUACCAAAUUUUGAAUUUGUUGGAGGCCUCCACUGCAAACCAGCCAAACCCCUGCCUAAGGAAAGUGAUAGCGUUAGUAAGAAGGGAGGUUAA